AUGUCGGACGACCUCAAGGGCAAGAACGCGAUCGUCACCGGCGGCGGAAAGAACCUUGGCGCCCUCAUCGCCGAGACGCUCGCCAAGCAGGGUGUCAACGUGGCCAUCCACUACAACUCGGCGAGCUCCAAGGCCGAGACGGAGGCGACGCUCAAGACGCUGCAGGGCUACGGCGUCAAGGCUGUGGCUAUCCAGGCCGAGCUGGGCUCCGCCGCGUCUGUUUCCAAGCUGUUCAAGGACGCGCUCGCGGGCCUGGGCGCCUCCAAGCUCGACCUGGCCAUCAACACGAUCGGUAAAGUGCUCAAGAAGGAGAUCGUCAGCGUCUCCGAGGCCGAGUACGACAGCAUGUUCUCUGUCAACGCCAAGGUCAACUUCUUCUUCAUCCAGGAGGCGGCCAAGAACCUGAACGACGGCGGCGCGAUCAUCUCCAUCGUCACGUCGCUGCUCGGCGCGUUCGCGCCCGGAUACUCGACGUACCAGGGCAGCAAGGCGCCCGUCGAGUGGUUCACAAAGGCCGCGGCCAAGGAGCUGCAGCCGCGCGGGAUCCGCGUCAACGCCGUCGCGCCCGGCCCGAUGGACACGCCGUUCUUCUACCCCCAGGAGGCGCCCGAGGCUGUCGCGUACCACAAGAGCCAGGCGCUCGGCGGCCGCCUCACGGACAUCAAGGACAUUGCGCCGCUCGUCGACUUCCUCACAAAGGACAAGUGGAUCACGGGCCAGAUCAUCUUCUCCAACGGCGGAUACACCACCCGCUAA